AGAUUGGUUCGAUCAUCCAUCAAGUCAAAAUCUUUUUUUUUCCUCUACGAAGAGGACGCACUCCCAUUUUCUCUCCCUUUCACCGCCGUCUCCUCCAAAAAUAUUAACGAAGAGGAAAGCAAACAAAAAAAGCUUCUUUGCGUGUGUGCUCCCUCAGCGUUUUUUCUUCUAUUAUUAUUAUUCGCUUUGAUCAGUGUAACAGCUAUUGACUAUUUCUUUUCUCUUCUCUGUUUUCUGUUUGUUUUUCCCGUGAUACAACAUGGCAGCGUUCAGCCGUCUUCUCGGGGUGCAGCUCCCCUACAUUGUGGAGGUGGGCAUCUUCUUGGUCCUCGCCUACCUCACCGCCUGGGUGCUCACCGCCGUCAUGUUCGCGCGGAUUCACAAGUUUAAGAUUCCCGGCCCCUUCUCGGCCCUGCCGAUUGUCGGCGGCGUGAUAACCAUGAUCAAGGACCCCUACGAGUUCUGGGAGCGCCAGCGUCAGUACGACCCCCACGGUUACAGCUGGCUGGCCAUCCUGAACCAGUUUGUCGUCUUCGUCACCCGCGCCGACCUCUGCCACAAGAUCUUUGCCACGAACAGCGAUGACACCCUGACGCUGCAGCUGCACCCCAACGGCAAGGUGAUUCUGGGUGACAACAACAUCGCCUUCCAGAGCGGCCCCGGCCAUAAGGCGCUGCGCUCGACCUUCAUGAACCUCUUCACCACCAAGGCCCUCUCUCUCUACCUGCCGAUCCAGGAGCGCCUGAUCCACGAGCACCUGGCCCGGUGGGUGAAGGACUACCCGUGGGGCGGCGAGCCGCAUGAGAUGCGCAUGAAGAUCCGUGAGAUGAACUGCGAGACCUCCCAGACCGUCUUCCUCGGCGAGCACCUGCACAACCGCGACGAGUUCACGUACAACUACAACAUCAUCACCCACGGCUUCCUCUCCGCGCCGCUGUACUUCCCCGGCACGGCCCUCUACAAGUCCGUGCAGGCCCGUAAGUUGGCCAUGGUGGAGCUGCAGGCCGCCGUGCGUCGCAGCAAGGCCCGCAUGUCGAAGCCGGACGCGGAGGCGCACUGCCUGCUGGACUUCUGGACGGCGACGGUGCUGGAGAAGGUGAAGGAGGCGGAGGAGGAGGGCGGCGAGGCACCGGCCUACUCGACGGACCACGCCAUGGCUGACACGAUGCUCGACUUCCUCUUCGCCUCACAGGACGCGUCGACUGCCAGUCUGACGAUGAUCACGACGACGAUGGCGGACCGGCCGGAGAUCCUCGAGCGCGUGCGCAAGGAGCAGACCCGCCUGCGCCCCAACAACGAGCCGCUCACCUACGACCUUGUGCAGGAGAUGGCCUUCACGCGUCAGUGCGUGAUGGAGCAGCUGCGCAUCUUCCCGCCGGCGCCGAUGGUGCCGAUGAAGGCGCACAGCGACUUCCAGCUGGACGACAAGACGGUGGUGCCGAAGGGGAGCAUGAUCAUCCCGUCGCUGGUGGCGUGCUGCCGCGAGGGCUUCUCGAACCCCGAGCAGUACGACCCCGACCGCAUGGGCCCCGAGCGCCAGGAGGACCGCAAGUUCGCGAAGCAGUUCAUCCCGUUCGGUGUCGGCCCGCACCGCUGUGUCGGCUACAACUACGCCAUCAACCACCUCACGGUGUUCCUCGCCCUCAUCGCGCACCACGUCGAGUGGCAGCGCACGCGCACCCCUGACUCCGACAAGGUCGUCUACCUCCCCACGCUCUACCCGUACGACUGCCUGCUGACGUGGCGCUACCGCAAGGGUAUGGAGCCGAAGGAAAAGGCGGUGAAAGCCGAGUAA